AUGGGUUCUCAGGAUAUCAACUUCGUCCACACAGUGGGAGAUGUGACGGCGGAGUUCUUGUCUAGCGUCCUGAACACCGACAUUGCUGAAGUCUCGUCUCAGCGAAUUGGAACAGGGCUCAUUGGCGAAUGCCAUCGAUUCAGGCUCCAAUAUGCGCUGGGGGCCAGUGAAGGACCAUCGAGCGUAAUGCUGAAGACCGCCGCGGCCGAUGUAGACAGUCGCUCGACCGGCAAGUCUCUGAAGCUGUACCAGCGCGAGGCACUUUUUUACUCUGAAGUUGCUCCCACGCUCGCUAUACCUUGCCUUGCCAAGUGCUACCAUAGCGCUGCCAAUGUGGAGCAGGAUGCUUUCGACCUAGUGCUCGAAGACAUUCACCCCGCCGAACCAGGUAACGACCUGACUGGGGCGAGCCUGGAGCAAGCUCACGUCGCUCUCGUGGAGCUGGCGAGACUGCAGAUAGCUUCAGUGAAGAGCAAAAACACCUUACCCGAGUGGCUCCACGAGGACCCAGCGGCCUCACAAUCUCUUUGUGAGACUAUGUGGAAGCGGUUUGCAGAGCGCUAUCAGGACAAACUGAAGCCUCAGCACCAUCGGGUGUGCGAAAGAUUUGUCGCCUGCUUCGACAAUUACUCUCAGUCUUUCCGUGCACCCGAGACGGCCAAGUGUCUCGUACAUGGAGACUACCGUCUGGACAACAUGCUCUUUGGAGGAGACUCUGGCCGCGGUUUCGUCGUGGUUGACUGGCAAACCAUGUCCUGGGGUCCCAUGUUUCAAGACGUGGCAUACUUUCUCGGAUGCUGUGUCGAGCCCGAGAUUCGCCGGGCUCACAGCAACGAGCUUCUGCGGGCAUACUACGACGCUCUAGGAGCCAAUGCGACCUUCACCUUUGAUCAGUGCCAAGAAGGCGUGCGCCGUCAAAGCUUCCUCGGACUUGGACGAGCUUUUAUAGCUCCCAUGAUCCUCGAGCGCACCGAAUGUGGAGAUGACCUGUUUCUGACCUUGCUCGACCGGCUUGUCAAUCUGAUUCUGGAUCUUGAUGCCCUCGAAACUCUCCCUGCUCCGUCGACGCCCACACCAUUGCGGCCUGACCCUCAGGACGAGCAACGUCACCCAAGUGGAGAAGACUCAUUACAUAACGAGAGUUGGUACUUUGACGUCGCCGACCCGGAGCAAGCCACAGGGGUCUGGAUUCGCCUGGGCGUGCUCCCUCAUCAGCCGGGCUCAUGGUACGCGGCGUUGAUCUGCGGGCCGGGCCAGCCCACAAUAGCGGUGGUGGACUUCAACGUCAAAACUGUCACAGAGGACCUAACCAUUGACACCCCACACAUCAAGGCCUCUCACACAGCCGUCUCCCCACUGAAGCAGUACCGCGUAACAUUGACUGGUCUAGGAGAAGCGUUUGACGACCCUGCUGAUCUGCUUCGUCGACCGCACGUACGGGGCCGUCAGGUUCCCGUGGACCUGGACCUGACCUGGCACACGGUCAGCACUCCAUAUAAGUGGCGCAUGCUGGCUCGAUACGAGAUCUCAUGUACAGUCAGCGGCACCGUCAAGAUCGGUGGGCGCACUAUAUCUACCUUCAACCACGCCUAUGGCCAGCGCGACCACUCCUGGGGACCUCGUGACUGGUGGGCUGCCGAUUGGGUGUGGACGGCUUUCCACCUGGAGGACGGUACACAUCUGCACGGCGUCGAGAUUCGCAUGCCAAAGAUGCCCAAAAUGGCGGCUGGAUACCGACAAGACAAGGAUAGCACCAUCGUCGAGCUGUCCGGGGUCGUGGCAACCGAGGAAGUGGACGAAGAAACCCAUUUGAUCCGGAGUGCGACUAUCAGCUACUCUUGUGCAGGUAAAGAGGACAUCGUUCUCGACUUCGAGCCUGCGGGCAACGCACCUCUUCUGCUUGAGUCGACCAAGGACGGCCGCUUUUCCUAUUUCCCACGCUGCUGGGCGAAGGUUCAAGCGCGUGAUGGACGCAAAGGCGUCGGCUGGGUGGAGUGGAACAAUGUGCAACAUCAAUGA